UGCUCUGCCUCCUUCGUGCUCGGUCGGAAAGCAUGGCCCGCAAGAAAACUGGCAGCGUCGAAGAAGAUGAAGGAGCUGCGUUGGAGGAGCGGCGGCGCGUGCUCUUCCACGCUAGUUCUUUGAAUCGCUCCGACAUUAUCAAGAAGGUGGUAUCAGCAGCAGCAUCAAACAACGAUACUACCGUUGGUGCCGUUGCUCCUGGUUCAUCUUCGAGCACCAGCGGAGACUGCGACGUCGAGCGCGAGGUGCUAGAUCAUGUGGAUGAAAAUGGGUUGACUGCCCUCCACCACGCCGUGAAGAAGUCCUCACUGGAUGCCAUUCGCGUCCUGUUGCGUCUUGGUGUGGACGUUACCGCAAAGGGAGGGGCACAAAGCCCCUACCCGAACCUCACCGCAUAUCAGGUGGCUCUGUCAGGCGGGUGCAAGGGCAACCCGGAGGAGAUAAAGCAGAUUUUUCUCACGGAGGCGGUGCAGGCCAUUGCCGAAGGAGAUGCGGAGAGACUCGGGGAGUUCUUGGACGCCGGAGUAGUGGCUUCGUCCGAAUACGGCGCCGACGGGAGCAACGAGGAGGGAGGUAGCAGCACGUCCUUGGCGAAGUGGGCAGAGCAGCUCGGACAGUCGGACAUGCUCACCUCGCUCUCGGCCUCCCUUGCAAACGACAACGCUACAAUCCGACGUCGCGACGACGGCGAGGCCGGCAACCCAAACGCGGAGGCCUUUGCUCGGGGGGACACGGGGGAAACUGGCCUCCAUGGAGCGGAGGAAGCUGAGGCGGAAGGAUCGAGGGUUUGGGGUGACGGCGGCAGGGGUGCGGCGGCGGACGAUGUUCGGCUGUUUGUCGGGGAGCUGAGGCAAGCGAUUGUGGACCUAACGGCCGAAAGCGAAGAGCUGGAGGAGGAACUGGCGCACAGGGGGACCCUCGGCAUCAUCAAGCGAGCACGGCAAGCUCGGCAAGACUUGAUUCUCGCCUCUAGCGAAGUGGACACGGCCAGCGCCCUGUGCGAUAAGUGGAGGGCGGAGGAAGAUGCAGCCUCUCAAGACAACGCGCGGUUACAGGCCCAAGUGAUAGAGGCGCAGUUGGCGGUGCAGCGCCAUAGGGCUGGGUUGCAAGGCAGUGACGGCGACGACAGCAGAAGUAGCCCGAUCGCACGCGGGAAAGAAACACCACCCCCGGCACGCGCGCGGGAUCGACCGGAGGCGCAAGCCUCGAAAGCCUUCGCCGCGGGCGAGAAAGAACGAACCACAACCAACUCCUCAUCGUCGCCGCGGGCACCGCCUUCGUCAGAAAAUAUGACGUUCGCGGACGUAGACGUUAGGGCGGGAGAAGAAGAAGGCGACACAGAUUUGUUGAGGGACGGCGGCGUUGGUAACCCUGGUGGGAUCGAGGACUCUAGGAGGACGGAGGAAGCUGAGGCCCUCGGGUCGCAGCUGCAGAUCAUUGCGAUGCACCUGGAGGAUGAGCUGCGGAUGAUGCGAAGUCUGAUCGACGGGGAAGGUGCCGUGGGCGUCGUGCGGCGCAUCCGCGCUCUCCGGGAAGAGAUCGAAGCUGCGGAGGAGGAGGCCCGCCAGACCUACGCCGUGUCGAGAUACCUCCAGGCGCGGGUAAUUGUCCUCCAUGAGGUCGGCAACGAGCUCUUCGCCCAGCUAGACAGGCUCAACGGUUACCUACGCGAACCACCAGGGGCCGCCCUCGUCGCGAACGGGGAGCCUCCACGAGCGGCAAACAAGGAGGACAUCGACGACGACGAUGUUACGCUGGAGCGCGGCCACUACCACAGAGAUCCUGUGCCUUCGGGCAACGAGGAAGAGAAUACUCUGGAAUUGCGCCGCAACAUCGAUGGUGGUGAGGAUGAGGGCAGCGAGGAGAAUAUGACGCAACCGCACGCCCCGCACGACGAAGAUACCCUAUCCCCGGCGGAGGAAAUGGCAGCCGAAGGCUCUGCGGCGGGUAGCACGUCUCCGAGACAGGAAGGCGGCGGCGGCGGCGGUGGCCGUGAGGAGGGAGAAGGAGAAUGCCCGGUUUUCGUUCGGCCGCAAGAGUUGCCAGAAGCUGGAGUGUUUGACAGUGAUGCAGGAGAAGUGCAACCACCGUCGCCGGCCAAUCCUGUGGGAGAGGGAAGCUCGGCCGCAACGGAAGAAUCAGACUCGGCAGGAGGAAGCGGAAGGGAGGGGAGAGCCAGGGCCCUCCUGAACGCGCGGGGAGUUGACACAAGAAGCAGGGCGCGGAGCGCGAAGAAAGUUACCGUCGUCCAGGACGUCCUCUCGGUGCUGUUCGGCUGGGACGUGUCUUCCGAUGCGGAGAGAAAGGCAGCGCGUGGCGAGCCCGAGGAGCUGGGAUUGGGAGGAAAUUCUGGCGGAAGCGGUGGCAUGGCUGGGGUGAUGUUCGCAUGAUGGCGUGUUGGGGGGAAGGGGGCAAAAGACGCCACGGCAUGUGUAUGUACAUGUACGGAAUAGAUAUGUGUUUGGCGUUGUGCUGGGGUAGAUAUGUUUGGAGAAAAGCGCGGUGCGGUGGUUGUUUUAUAUUAUUUAUGCUGCUUUUGCGUGGCCCCUGGUGUUUACAGAUGCGUUCACGUUCGUCCCCCUGUUGUGGGUGAACUCUUUUUCCACUGUGUUGUGCAUGUAAAACAGUAGCAGUAUGUAACGAAAUGAAAUUUCAAGGGUCUUCUUGUCGUUCUCGGCAUUGUUGACGGCAACAAGAUCCGCUGGGCAGAGUCAACUUCUAUGACGAAGUGUACACCUACCUGGUUCUUUAUGGCU